AGGGCUCCCACCAUAGCAACCGCUUCCUCCUCCGGGCACGGCGGACCGUGACGUCGGCAGCGUUUCCGCCCGGCUCGCGCCCUCGCCGCUUCCCUUCCUGCUGCCGGAGCCCGCGCCGCGCCCAGCAUCCGAGGGGACAAGCCGCUGCCCGCACCGCGCUCCGCCACCCGCCGUGCCCCGCCGACGCCAUGGCAUCUGGAGUACAAGUUGCCGAUGAGGUAUGCCGUAUCUUCUACGACAUGAAAGUGCGGAAGUGCUCUACGCCCGAGGAAAUUAAGAAGAGGAAGAAGGCUGUCAUCUUCUGCCUCAGUCCAGACAAAAAGUGCAUUAUUGUGGAAGAAGGCAAAGAGAUUCUGGUGGGAGAUGUCGGUGUGACAGUUACCGACCCUUUCAAGCACUUUGUGCAGAUGCUUCCCGAGAAGGAUUGCCGUUAUGCCUUGUAUGAUGCAAGCUUUGAGACCAAGGAAUCCAAAAAAGAAGAGCUGAUGUUUUUCUUGUGGGCACCAGAACAAGCACCUCUCAAAAGUAAGAUGAUCUACGCAAGCUCCAAGGAUGCAAUCAAAAAGAAGUUUCAAGGCAUAAAGCAUGAAUGCCAAGCAAAUGGGCCAGAGGACCUCAACCGAGCUUGCAUUGCUGAGAAGCUAGGAGGCUCCCUAGUCGUAGCUUUUGAAGGAAGUCCCGUGUAGAUGUCAUACAGUGCCACAACUCUACAAGCAUUCCAUGUUUUAAUAUAUCAGUUAUGUAAAGCAACCAUUCUAGGCAAGGGUUUCACUAACUGUAGGGAAGCUGUCUUGUAGAAUAAAGUAGAUUUUGGAGAUGUAGCUCGUAUGUACAAAUGACCCUAAAUAAAUUGAAUCUAAGGAUUUA